CUUAGGGUGAGGACUGUUUCUUUCCUAUCUCCGUGUGACUUAAACAAUACAAAACUUUCAUGAAGAAGAAUACUGAUACUUUAAUUUGUUUCAUUUAAUAACAACUUCACCACAAGCGACAUGCAGUAUAAAUAAUACGAGCUGGAUAGAUUUUAUUUACAAUGUGAAUGGUCUGACGCAUCUGAUCAUUACAUCACAGCAAGUGAAUUCAAAUACUAGCUGAUAUACCCGUUACAUCGAACGGUUUAUUUUACUAGUGCAAACAACAAUAUCGACCUUAUCCCAAUGUCUUAAACUAAAACAUCAAGAAUAUAUGAUUGCGGAGAGGACAGAAAGUAAGAUGGAGUUACGUGCCCUUGGGUUUCUCCUGUUGUCUUGGAGUCUGGAAGCUGUUUUCGGCAGACAGAUGUGUUGGACGUGCCAGUAUGUGCUGAACGGUAACGGGAUCGAGUGCGCCACCGCCCCCGGGAACUGGACGGGGGGAGAACCCAGGAUCAAAUGUCCAUCCAAGUGUACCAUUGUGGCGGAUUUUGAUGCCAAAACCGGAGUUCCCAAAUUCUUUUUCCGGGGGUGUGGCGACGCUCAAAGCGCGGAGGGGUGCUCAGAUUUCGGCUCCACCCACAACUGUUUUUAUUCCUGUGAUGACAAAGACUACUGCAACAGUAAACCCUUGCCCAGGUCGCCCCUUCUAGAAAAAUCCAAAAACUCUUCCAGCCUCUUGACUUGUAGUAGUAGCAGUUUUCUUUUAAUGUUGUUUCUUGUUAUACUCAUGUACAGGCAUUAACUUUUAGUGGGUUGUACAGCAAGGCCAGUAUAUUGAUUAAAUUAUUAUUGAUUUUUUUUAUUGAUUAUGUAUGUUUAAAUUUUAAACGGUGGCGUAGUUAGACCUGGUCAUAUGGGUUAUCAGUGAAACACUAUUUUUUUGUAUACGUGUUUUAGGGCGGGGUUAAAAUCGAUAUCUGUAACUGUAAAUCUGUGUAGUAGGGGCGGUAAAAACUGAAACAGUUAAAAGAUGGCCGGCCAACAAAUUAUGACAAAAU